UGCGCCCGUGCGCCAGUGUCCAGUGGGCGCCGUCAGCGCGCGCAGACGUCGCCGUCUCCCGCGCUUGUCCCGCGCGAGCACGCGGUCGCCGCACCCGCCGCCGGUGUCAGCUGUUGCAGUGCCACGCUUGCUUCCUCUUCACCAAGCGGACGCACCAUCCCCCUGCACCGAUCUUCCUCGCCGCUGCUGCUAGUGGGAUACCCCACCUCUGCCAACUGGGCGCUUUCUCGCAAAAGUACACAUAGCCGCUAAUCAGCCAGGCCGUCCCCAACGUGACGCACCAUCUAGAGCGGUGCGCGACGCCUCCUCCGAGUCCCCCCACCCUGAAGCAAGCAAACUCGGAGACCCCAGCCAUCUGUGAAGUGAUCUGGACAUCGAUCUUGCUGAGCGUCCAGACAGUCGCUCGACUCCGGCACGCCUCUACAAGUCGUCAAGCACCAACCGCUGCUUAGUACGCGCCGUCCACCCGCAGGUUCACUGAGCUUCCGCUGCCGCCAAUCGCCACCUCGAAGACUCACCUAAAGAGCAGAGGGUCACGCUGCUGAAGAUUGCUUGUACGACGACAAUCGACGCUGCCGAAACGCUGUCCUGCACGACGGUCGUUUCCGACUCUGCUCGACGUGCCAAGUGAGUCUUGUGCACGCCACCUUCCCCACUAGCUUCGCUGCACAGGAGGACGGCAUUACAGGUGGGCGCCAUGAACGUGAGCAGCGUGGCCGAGCUGAACCUGACGCUGUACUCGGGCGCCUUCAACUUCAGCCUGGGCCGGGCGCUGGACAUCCUGCAGCAGCACUAUCGCAGCGACCGCGUCUUCUCCGGCUCCACCGAGGCCGGCAUCGUGGCCGCGUACGUGUUCCUCAUAACUUCGGGCGUCUUCUGCAACCUGCUCGUGUCCGGCGUGAUCCUGUCGCACGCCAAGGUGCGCACCAACCGCAACCUGUUCGUGGUCAACCUGAGCGUCUCGGACACGGCGCUGUGCCUCUUCUGCAUGCCCUUCACGGUGUACUCGCUGACACGCAAGACCUGGCCGCUGGGUGAGCUACUCUGCAAGCUGGUGCCCUGCUUCCAGAGUGCCACCGUCUUCGUGUCGGCGGCCACCGUGUCGGCCAUCGCGUUCGACCGCCACCAGACUGUGGUGGCUGUGAGCGUGCAGCGACCAGAGGACAGCCGCCGACGGGUCGCCUGGUACAUGGCCGCCAUCUGGAUCUUCUCGGUAGCGCUCUCGCUGCCGAUGUGCCUGUCGCAGAGCCUCCAGCAGGUGGGCUUGUCGCGCCGAUACAUGUAUGAAAAGUGCGUCGAGCAGUGGCCCUCACCCGGCGCCAAGCAGCUCUACACCCUGGUCACUCUCCUCAUUCAGUUCGUGAUACCCACUACGGCACUCGUGGUCACGCACUUCCGCAUCAAGUCGCACCUGAGCUGCUCGGCCGCCUCGGUGCCGGGAGGCUCGGCCACGGCGCCUGACAAGCGCGGCUACUCGGAGCGCCUGCAACGUGAACUGCGCCGCAACCGGCGCGCCACCAUGGUGCUGCUCAACGUGUCCGUCGUGUUCGCGGUCUCGUGGCUGCCCUGGAAUGCCAUGAACCUGCUGACCGACUUCCACCUGGAGGGCAUCUCCCCGCAGCGGCUCUACCUCAUCUUCGCGGUGUGCCACAUGAUCGCCAUGAGCAGCGCUACCACGAACCCCAUCAUGUACGGCUGGCUCAACACGAACAUUCGCCGCGAGCUGCUGGGCGUGCGCAACCGCGUCGGGCUCGUCUUCAGCACGCUGCGCGCCUCCAACAGCGAGAACAACCUGCACACGUCCAUGGACGACAACAGCCGCACGGCCGUCACUGUCGACAAGAGCCGCUUAUGACGCGUCCCGCUCGGCGACCGGCGGCGCUCGUCGGCCGCAUCGUCGGUGUAGGCGCGGUUCUCGGGACGUGAUCCGCCUGGAAGGGACCGCCAGUCACCACGUGUUGCUCCGAUUGUGAGGUGCGCGAAUGCCAAGUGUGUGGCUGCUUUGUGACGGCGUAGAACCCGCCUCGUUCUACAGACGCUGUUAUGUGGCCUACCGGACUCUGCUGCAUCAACUCCGUCGUUGCGCAGAGGAACAGCAAAUAGGCGCCCGUCUUUAAUAGGCGCAUAGUGUAGCUUCGGAGGUGAUACUAUUGCGUCCCAUGCCACUACUGGGCCAACAAAACGUGAAAAUGUC